GCCAGUUCGGAGGUUCUGCGGGGCGAGGCCCGGUCCUCGUCUCCGUCUCGGGGAGCUUCAGGCCUGGAGGCCUUGGCUGUGAUCAGUGUCUCCCGCACCUCCACGGUCCAUAUCGCCAACCUUGUUUCGGAAGAGCCGGUUCUCCUCUCAAAGAGUCCAGGCCGCUCCCAUAUCGUAAUUAAAUUGGGGAAAGUGGGCAAAGCGUUGUCAACGGAAAUCAGCAUAACCUUGCAGGAAUUCCCAACUGCUGUAAUUCAGUCCAAGGUCAAGAUGGGGUUUAUAUUUUCAAAGUCAAUGAAUGAGAACAUGAAAAGCCAACAAGAGUUCAUGCUUAUGAAUUCCCGACUUCAGCUGGAAAGGCAGCUAAUAAUGCAGAAUGAAAUGAGAGAAAGACAAAUGGCUAUGCAGAUUGCUUGGUCUCGGGAAUUCCUCAAAUAUUUUGGAACUUUUUUUGGCAUUACAGCAGUCUCUCUAACAGCUGGAGCAAUUAAAGGGAAGAAGCCCGUCCUCAUCUUCCCUAUGGUUCCAUUAGGCUUUGUCCUUGCCUACCAGUAUGACAUGGGCUAUGGAACCCUUAUACACAGAAUGAAAGGUGAAGCCGAGAACAUACUAGAAACAGAAAAGAGUAAGCUGCAGCUGCCAAAAGGAAUGAUCACUUUUGAAAGCCUUGAAAAAGCAAGAAGGGAACAGAGUAAAUUUUUCAUAGACAAAUGAAAUCAUGUUUACCCACCAGAUCUCAAAACACAGAAUUGUUGACUUGAAUCAUGACUUUCAUAACUUUUUAAAUGCUUGCGAUUUUGAUAUAAUGGAUUUCAUUUUAAAAUAAUAAUCAAGAUGAAUUUUGUUAAACUAUUUUAAAAUAAAAUUUAUACCAUUCAACACAAAAUUAUGGAAGUACUCUGAAUAACUUUCAGAUUUCCUAUAUAUGUGUAUGUAUCACAAACAUCUAAAUGUAAUGAAAUAUAUUUUUCUGAAUUUCUGAAAGCAAAA